AAUGUCGUCAGUUUUCAAUUGUCCUUUGGAGAGGUAACAUCACAAGUAAGCGAUACACACUCGGCUACGGUGAUUCGGCUUGUCAUUUUACAAACAGAUAAAGUAAUAUAUCUUAGACGAGACUAAGCACGAUGUUCCUAAAAUUGUCAUUGAAUAUUUUAUUAUAUAUCCUUGUAAUGACGAUGGCCUUUUCUAUCGAAAAUACGAGAAAUUUGUGGCAUAGUGGGACUGCUUUGACUUCCUAUCAUUUCUUGAACAGUCUGACAUCGCUUCAUUAUAACUUGAAGAUAUCAUUGAUGCCUGGUUACGUGUCUCAUGGAGAGUCCAAUAUUACUGUUUAUAUUCGUGAUCUAACACGAGACUUAACUUUACUUACAUCAGAAUAUAUAAAUAUAACAACAGUAAAUUUAAAAUCGUUCGACAAUAAAAGAAUCUAUAUACCAAAGCGUUUCUAUAGUCGCAAUAAGGAUUACGUCGUUCUUGAUUUUACCUCAUAUUUGUGGCCUAAAAAUAGUUUGGAACUCGGAUUGUAUAUUCUAUACGUUAAUUUUUUAAACGUUGACACGAAAGAACUUCCGCAAACUUGGUACACAUACGAUAAAGAAAAUAAAAAGUUUAUUGCAACAUUGUUCCAACCCACAAAUAGUCGACCAUUAUUUCCAUAUUUUUACAAAUCUGAAUUAAUCACCUUUAACAUCUCAGUAGAACAUGAUAGACGAUACAUCGUUUUAUCAAAUAUGCCGAUAAAGAAUCGAUUUAUAUCUAAUGACGUUAUGCUUACGCAUUUCCACGCGUAUCCUGUGACAUAUAUUUACGAUGUAGCACUAAUUCUGAUGUCGUCUAAUAUGACACCUUCAAAUCCCGAAUAUGAUACUUUUCUCUUUCCUUCUUCGAAAAUAAAGAUCAAUACGUGGAGCAGAUCGCAUUUGGUACCACACAUGAAAUUUGCGCGACGUGUUCUCGAAAAUGUAACCAUGUAUUUAGAUGACAAUUGGAAUAUUAUGAGAAGAGUCCUAAAAGUGGAUUAUGUCGUUAUUCCAAAUUUCGAGGGCAAUAUCAGGCAGACUUGGGGAUUGAUAUUUUACAAUGAAACGUAUAUUACCUACAAUGAAGAAUUAUAUCCUGUUGAGUAUAAAGGUACAGCAGUACACUUAAUAUCUCAUACUAUAAUAUAUCAAUGGUUUGGUGAUCUCUUCUAUCCAUUUUGGUAUACUCACGGGUUAAACCAGGGUUUCAUUAAGUUCAUCGAAGCAUAUAUCAUUGAUAAGGUUUUUCCAAAUUCUCGGAUAAUGGACUUGUUCAUAAUUCAAGAUCAGCAUGAAUAUCGUUAUAUGGACAUACACUUUCCUCCUAAUAUUUAUGGAAUGUAUGUAAAAGAUGUCUUUAAAAUUAAUUCACGUUCUAUUUGUCAACAAAUUCUAGGACCCAUUGCAUGGCGCAUGUUAGAAAGUGUAAUACCCAAUAAUGCGUUUUGGAAGAGUAUCAAUACAUAUCUAAAAACGGAGUUGAUUAACGUCAAUUCAAGACUUCCUGAUAAUCUAUGGAAUAUUAUGCAGACUACCAUAGAUAAAUCAGCAAUUGAGAAUUAUGAAAUAGACAUAAAAAAAUGAUGAAUGUU